AUGCAGUACACAUACUUCAUCCUCUGCAAGCAGUUUAAAAGCACCAUUCAGAUCUCUCCUUUCCCAUCAUCACAAACCACAAAACUUUUCUUCAACUCAUACCAAACCCACUUACUUCUUCCUUCUCCAUUUCAUUUCCAACCUCUUUCUCUCUCUCUCUCUCUCUCUAGCACAGCAUCAUUUAGAUCAAAAGAAACAGCAAGCAUGGAUAGCAGUUAUUUCGGAAAACCAAACUUUGGCAAUGAAAGGUCAAGUGCUUCUUCUUCAAGAAAAGGGAAGAAGAACAACAACUCAGACAAACCUAAGCAACCACAGAGAGGACUUGGAGUUGCUCAGUUGGAGAAAAUCAGAUUACACAGUCAAAUGGCCUGUUCUUAUCACCCUUCUCUCCACGGCUCUUACCCUUCUAAUUUCACCAACGUAAACCUCUAUUUUCUUCUUCUAUAA